AUGACGCAGGAUGAAGAGCUUGGUGUCAACAAAAAACGUAGUCAAAAGAAAAAGGGAGCUAAGCAGGAGGCUAGUAGAACUUAUUCUGACCUUAACGCAGAAAAUAAAAUUAAAGAGAUGGCUGAAAAGACUGUCAGACGUAAGACGGAUUCGCGUGACGUCAUUUGUUUAUGUUUUUUGGCUACGCAAUGCGCAUGCGUAAAUCACUGGAGUCAAAACAAAGUGGAUCGCGGCCAUUUUGGUUGCUGUUUUGGCUUGAAAACUGUGCUGACUGGGCAAGAGAGAAAGAAAAUAUUUAUAUUUUUGGAGAUUAUAUCGAAGAUGCCUAGUACCUGUUGUGCUGUAGGAUGUACGAAUAGAAAAACUGAGGAAAGUAGCUUACAUUUUUAUCGAAUUCCUCCACCUUCAAAUCCUGAAAGAAGGCAGAAAUGGAUAGCAGCAGUUGGAAGAAAAGAUUGGCACGAACUUCAAAUCAACAAUAUUAUAUUCCAACACGAUUCUUUCAUUUGGAAUCCAAUGAAAGAACAUUCCAUCAGAAAAAAAAAAAGAUUUGAACGUAUCUCUAAACGUCGCGAAGUUAAAGAAUCCACUUCUUCUACUAGCAGCACACUCCAGAAUGAGAAUGAAUUUAUUGAUGCUGUUGAACCUGAUUUUGUUGAUUUUAAAAAUUUAUUUGAACUAGAAAAAAGCAAGACCAAUGACUUAGCUGCUCAACUGGAAAAGGUACGCAAAGAAAUGAAAACAGUUCAAGCAGACGUGGAUUCAAAGAAGAAACUCAUCAUUCAAUGCCACAAUGACUCAAUUAGAUUGACCCAAAAUAAUCGAAAUUUGAAAAAGAAACUCAAGAAAUUAAAAUCUGAAUCGUUUGGUUAUGAAAGUAUAAAGUCCAAUCCCAAAAAACACCUCUUUUAUACUGGCAUUAUAAGAGACAUAUUUCAAUUGCUUUUCAAGCAUUCGAAGUUACCUAUAAUUUCAAAAAAGUUGCAAUCUGAAGAUCACCUCCUACUGGUUUUGAUGAAGUUGAGACUUGGUAUCAAAAAUAAAGAUUUGGCAUACAGGUUCAAAGUUGCUGAAUCUGUGGUAUCUAAAAUCCUUCGCACAUUGUUGCCUGUUUUUUCAAAGUUUAUGUUGAACAAUUUUUUUUCAUGGCCUGAAAAAGAAGCUCUUCGGAAGAAUUUACCUGAAUGCUUUCGCAAAAAGUAUACCAGAUGUGUGUGUAUUAUCGACUGCACUGAGAUUUUUACAGAACGUCCUUUGGGAUUAAAUGCAAGAGCACAAACAUGGUCUAACUAUAAAAAUCACAACACCAUAAAAUAUCUUGUUGCUUGCUCACCAACUGGAGCUGUCACUUUUAUGUCUGGAGGAUGGGGUGGUCGAGUUUCAGACAAGGAGAUAACCGUAAAAUGUGGGUUUCUUGAUUUGAUUGAACAUGGGGACCAGGUUUUGGCUGAUGGAGGUUUUACUGUUAUGGAGGAAGUAGCUACAAUGGGUGGUAUAUUAGAGAUUCCUUCAUUUACCAAGGGGAAAUCACAGUUGUCAGGUGGAGAGGUUGACCACAGUCGUCAAAUCGCCAAUGUGCGUAUUCACAUUGAAAGAGUUAUAGGGAGAAUGAGAAAAUUUAAUAUCUUGAAUACGCUGAUACCGCUAACUCAAGUUGAUCUACUGGAUGAUAUUAUGGUUUGUGUAGCUGGAUUGGUUAAUUUUCAAUAUUAA